AUGGAUAACUACACCAUUGGAGGGGCCGCCAUUAUACUCACAGCGCUGAUCGUGGCUCAUAUGAGUUCAACGAAGCGCGCUCCGGCGCCUCUUCCUCCUGGUCCGAAAGGUUUACCGCUGGUCGGCAACGUUGCAGAUCUACCGCAGAGCCAGCCAUGGUUAGGGUUCGCCGAGUUCGAGGAGAAGUACGGUGGAAUCACGCAUCUCUCGGUUCUGGGCAAGCAUAUUAUGAUCCUCAAUGACCCCAAAUAUGCCGUUGAUAUGCUCGACAAGAAGUCCAAGAUAUAUUCCGAUAGGCCUCAACUCAUUAUGGCCGGGGAUUUAGUCGGAUGGGGCGCGGGCCCAGCGUUAAUUCCCUUUGGAAAGAGAUGGUCGGAAUACCGGAAGCUGUUCGCCGGUUUUAUGGGUACUCGGGCCAAAGUCGAUGCCUUCGACGACACUCUGAAUGAAGAGACGCACAGAUUUCUGAAGAGUGUUGUGGGGAAGCCUGAGAAGUGGGUCGAGCAUGCAUUCAAAUUCGCCGGUUCGAUCGUCCUCACUCUCACGUACGGAUAUAAGGCCUCGUCUCAGGAUGAUGGGCUCGUCAAGCUUGUCAACGAAGCCAUGGACCAAUUCUCAGAAACAACGGUAACCGGUGCCUUCAUGGUCGACGUUUUCCCCAGUCUCCAGUACGUGCCCUCAUGGUUCCCCGGGGCAGGCUGGAAGCGGAAAGCAUCCAAGUAUCACAAUACGCUUGAACAAAUGCUCGAUCAGCCAUACCAAUGGGUGAAGAAGCAGAUGUCGCAAGGAACAGCGCAAAAGUCUUUCCUCACCUCCCAGCUCGACCAUAGAAACCCGGACUCGGAAGAGGAGAAACUCAUCAAAUGGGCUGCUGCUGGUAUAUAUAGCGGAGGCGCCGACACGACAGUCGGUGGAAUUGAAUGCUUCUUCCUGGCCAUGACCUACCACACUUCCCACCAAAUCCGGGCGCAAGAAGAACUCGACACCGUCUUGGGCCACGGUGUACUGCCAACGUUAGCCGAUAGGGCUCGGCUGCCCUACGUUGAUGCUUUGUUUAUUGAGACAAUGAGGUGUUAUACAUUCGCACCGCUAGGUCUCCCGCACGUCGCCAGUGAGGACGAUAUCCACGACGGUUAUUUUAUUCCUAAAGGCACUAUGCUCCUCUCCAACGUCUGGCGGUUCUUCCAUAACCCAAGUACAUAUCCCGACCCUGAUGUAUUUAAGCCUGAACGUUUCCUUGAAACACUGGACCACCCAGCAAAGGACAAGGACCCCAGAGAUUAUGUGUAUGGUUUUGGUCGACGAAGCUGCCCUGGUUCCCAUCUCGCUGAUGCUUCAAUGUGGCUCCUCUGUGCCAAUGUCCUCGCCGCCUUAGAUAUUCGCCCACCAGUCGGCGUCGACGGGAAACCCCGUCUACCAUCCGGAAAGUUCUUGGAUGGUUCUAUUAGUCAUCCAGAACCUUUUGAAUGCGAAAUAAAGCCUCGGUCUGCCGCCACAAUAACUGCUAUUCAGCAUUCAUGA